AUGUGCAUAGUGCUCUUUACCACGGCACAUCCCGACUACCCCCUCAUUCUGAUCGACAACAGGGACGAGUUCAUCCUGCGCCCGACAUCCCGGCCUCACUGGUGGACGCACCCAACCUCUGGCGAGCAGGUGCUGUCGUCUCGAGACCUCCAGCGCGCAGAAAAGGGCACCUGGCUGGGCAUAACCAAGUCGGGGAUAUUCGCCGUCCUGACCAACUACCGCGAGGCCAACGCCCACGACGCCAGGCACCCCGUCCACGGGAGGAAGAGCCGCGGCGCCGUGGUGACGGCCUGGCUGGCCGGGCUGGGGGGCAGCAUCAAGGACGGCGUCGAGCACCUCGUCAAGGACGACGGCGUCAAGGGCGUCGGGGGGUUCUCCCUGGUCUGCGGCCGGCUGAGGAGAAAGGGGGAGGGCGUGGCCAUCGUCAGCAACAGGGCCGGGCGCGCCGACGAGGUGCCCGUCGUGGCCGAGCAGAGGGGGGAGACGUGGGGGUUGAGCAACACCACCUUUGACGCCGAGGCCGCGUGGCCAAAGGUCGAGCUGGGCACCAGGAUGCUCCGCGAGGCUGUGGCGAGCGCCGUCGAGCACAGGCACGGCGAGGAGGACCUGGUUCAGGCGCUGUUCGGGGUGCUCGACACCGACACCUUCCCCGCGGCCCGGCCGGGCGCGAGCUUCGAGGAGCUGACGGGCCUCCUGCGGCACACCAUUUUCGUGCCCGAGGUGGGCGACGAGAGCCAUCUCGAGUCCAUGGAGGCGGCGCGCGCAAAGGGCAGGGCGGCGUGGGUCGCGGACGAGGGCAAGCUACGCGCCGUCGAGGAGAUUCUGCUGGAGCAGCAGCCCGAGGUGAGCGCGCAGGCGGCCAACGGCUUCGAGACGGGCAUGUACGGCACGCAGAGGCAGACGGUGGUGCUGGUCGAUUGGGACGGAAACGUAAAGGUCGUGGAAAGGGCAUUGUGGGAUCGCAACGGACAUAGCAUCGCGCGCGGGGACGGCGACGUCGUGUUUGAGUUUGCCAUUGAGGGUUGGGACGGUGACAGUCACGACGACGGACAAUAA